CCGCCGCGAAAGUUAACUCCUGAACUUCGCAGAGCCGAAAAAAUUUUUCAGAUUUAUAAAAUCAGUGAGUUGACAUGGCAUUUCGCCGGAGAAACAAGAGCUACCCGUUCUUCAGCCAGGAGUUUCUCAUCCAGAAUCAUGCCGACAUCGUGUUCAGCCUGGUGAUUUUCAUUCUGAUCGGGCUGAUGUUUGAGGCAACAGCAAAGACAGCCAUACUCUUUAUUCAGCCCCAGUACAACAUCACCACAUUAUCACUAGAGGGAGAGGUGACUACGUAUCAUUAUGGAUGGAAGGACUGUGCCACCAUCCUCUUCUAUUUCUUCAUCGCUAUCAUCCUCCAUGCUGUAGUUCAGGAGUAUCUUCUGGAUAAAGUGAACCGCCGCCUUCACCUGUCCAAGAGCAAAAACACCAAGUUUAAUGAGUCAGGUCAGCUGGGUGUGUUUCAUUUAGUGUCGAGUGUGUGGAGUUUCUACAUCCUCAUUACAGAAGGAUAUCUUCUGCACCCCAGCAGCCUUUGGGAGAACUACCCGCAUUCACACCUCAGGUUUCAGGUGAAGUUUUUCUACCUCACUCAGCUGGCCUACUGGCUCCACGCUCUGCCGGAGCUCUACUUCCAGAAAGUACGCAAGGAGGAGAUUCCACGUCAGCUGCAGUACAUCUGCCUUUAUCUGCUGCACAUCUCUGUAGCUUAUUUGUUAAAUUUGAGCCGUGUGGGUCUGGUGCUCCUUUUUCUCCAGUACGUGUCAGAACUGGGCUUCCACAUUGCCAGACUCCUGUACUUCACUGAUGAGAAUCAUCAGAAAAUGUUUGAUCUGUGGGCGGUGAGCUUCGUGUUUACACGGAUGGCCACUCUGACCCUGAUGUUCCUCGCCGUGGGCUUUGGUUUGGCCCGCUGUGAGAAUCAGGGGCUGGACAUAGAGAUGGGGAACUUCAACACUGUUCUGAUAAGGAUGACAGUUCUACUGGUGGUUUGUUUGACUCAAUCUUGGCUCCUCUGGAAGUUUAUCCGCUUCCAGCUGAGGCGCUGGCGGGAGUUCAGACACGAACAAGCCGUCCGCAAGAAGGCUACCGCAAAACAACCCGUACGGCAAUUAAAGAGGGACACAUUUGGUUAUCAUGAGAACGGAGUGCUUAAAGCUGAGAAUGGCGUCUCACCACGGACAAAGAAGCUCAAAUCCCCCUGAGGUGGCAGACUUCCUGGCCUCAACGGUGACUUCAUCCCUAAUUAAGGUUUCUCAUCAGCACAGCAGUGAAGCUGAGGGGGAGAGCUGCCGCUGGUCACAAAGUUUUGGCUGAGAAUGUCCUGUGAUGAUGAUACAGGGACUCAGUAACUACAGACUUUUGGCUUGAAUGCUGGAAUAUGAAAAUCCAAGGACUUCCUUUGAGCCCAACAGACAUUUAUUCCUCUCAUUGUAUCAGUAUUUGUUUUCUUUUUGGUUUUUUUGUACAUCUACGCAGCCUGCGAUCCAACACUAAGGCACACCGUUAGUGAUUCAUAAACAAC